AUGAGAAGUGGUGUAAACCCAAGAACUAAAGUUUUUUUUAACGAUGAAUUGUUAUCAUUAUUAUCUCCUCCUAUCCUUCGUCCAACAUCGAAUGACUUGACUGAUAUUGAUCCGGAUGAAGAAAAUGGCGUGAUUUCAUGUACGAUUGAUAAUAAUCAAAUUAAUAUCGAUGCUAAAACAAUUUCACCUUUUAAAUGUGUUUUUGGUUCAGUGGGUAAAUUACAACAAGAUAGUCAAACAGCUAUUGUUGCUAUCUAUGGUUGUUGGCUACCAGAUCGUCGUUUAAGAGAAUAUCGUUAUAUUAUGGAUCAACUCUUCUAUUAUAUUUAUCAUAAAUUGGAAAAAUUAGUGAUCGAUGAUUAUAUAUUAGUUUACUUUCAUGGAGCCACACCAAAACAUCGUACACCGGAAUUCAAAUUUCUUCGUAAAUAUUAUCAAAUGGUUAAUUUUCGAUUACGUAAAAAUCUUCGUGGUAUUUAUGUUGUACAUCCAACAAGAUGGUUGCGUACUGUUAUUGCUGUUUCUCGACCUUUCUUUAGCAAUAAAUUCUAUCAUAAAGUUCACUAUGUAUAUACAAUAGCUGAACUUGAACGAGAAUUUCCUAAUAAUCCUAUCACAAUUCCACUUAUCAUUGAACAUAUCAACAAAAUCUUUCUUCCUAAUGUUUAUUCAGAUCUGAUAUACGUCAAUCGAGAGUCGGAUUUUUUGGGAUCUGUUGUUAAUACCAUCAAUAUAACGGAUUGGCUAUAUUCUCAAAAGUAUGAUCGUCAAAAUGCAAGUAUAAAACGUUCUAUUGAACGAUCCGUGCCACAAUCAUUUGACGGAAAAGAAGCCGAAUCAGCUGCUUAA